UACCCAGUGCCCUCUUUGACUCUGUUCUCUCCUAUCCCAAAUUCCCAUCUCUUGUUAACUCCUGUCACUUCUGCCUAUGUUGGCUUUCAUACUAUGGUAUCUAUGUCCAUCUUAAAAAUUCUAAGUCAACAUAUUCUUUAACAUAUUCAAAUUUCUCUCUUUUUGUACUAUAACCAUUGCUUAAAUCCUUGUCUGAAACCUGAUCCAUCUCUUGCCUUGUUUAUUACUUUUUACUGAGUGGUCUCACUGCUUCCAGAAUAAUUUCCCUAUUCCCUUGCUCCAACCAAGUUAACUCCUCCAUUAAUCUUUCCUUUGGCUUCCCAUAAAAUUCAAGCUCUUCAGCCUCAUUUACAAGGCCCUACAUAAUCUUGAUUCUGCAUUUAUCUCAGCUUUCAUUUCUCUUUAAUUCUCUCUAGUUUUCUCUUACUCCUGUCUUUAUCAUCUCAUCCUUUUCCAUUCAACUGCAUGCCUUCUGUCAUGGUAUGCUUGGGACACUGUAGUUGACUUCAUCUGCAAACUGGCUUUUCUUUCCUUCAAAUUUCUCUUCCAACUCUCUUAAAGCUAUAUUUCCUCAUAAAUAAUUCCACAUCCUCCCUCUCCUGUGCUGUGAUCCCAAGUCUUGUAUUUGCCUUAUUUACAUUGUAAGCAGAGAAUUAGUCUAAUCUUUGGAAUAUAUUGUGUAUAUAUCAGUGUUCUCUGCUUUCUUCCUCUAAGCCUAAACCAACUUGUCCAUAAUGGAUUAGCUUAAUAGCAAAUUCAGUUGCUCAUAACCGCUAUUGACAUAUAGAAAGGGAUUUGACUUUAUAUAGCAUCUUUCAUGCUAACAUCUCAAAACACUUUAAAAAAUAGCCGGACAGACAUGGUCAGGUUAUGAGGUGCUUAUGGUCUGUGGGUUAAUCAAUAUGCAGAGGACCCUCAGCUCCAUGUCUCUGUUUCUUCAUAUGGCAAUGUAGCUGUUUCCUUGCUCUUUUUCAAUAUCUAGCAAAGAUAGGGACAUGGAUAAAAGGCAGGUUUUUAGUUCAGGCUCAAUCUGUGAAUUGCUUAUUGACUUGGGGAAGUCAAUAACCACUUCCUUAGUUGAAGGCAUCUGCUCAGUCAUUUAUAAAAUAGUUCUCAAUCUCUGCUGAUUCUUGCAGACUUUUCUCUGCUUGUACAAACCCAAAUAGCAUCAAAAGCUAGAAACCCAUCAUCUGUCUUAUGCUGGCAAAGAUAUUGCUUCCUUUCUUCCAAGGCAAAUCUAGCCACAGUCAUCUGUAGCUUUGUUAUUCAAAGCUGGACUGCUACACUGAGGGCAACUCAGACGCUUCACCUUGUGAAAAUACUGCUGUUGCUCACUUCAUGUACGGUCCUGCUAGUUUGUCCUACUCACAACUUCUGUGCUCAACUCUUCACUAACUAGCAAUCCACACAGCAGACAUUCAAGGUGCUGGUCUCUUUAUCCAAAGCCCUUGAGGGUCUACGUUUUCAUAAUUUCCCAUGUUGACCUGGAAUUUUUCAGCUAUCUGGCCCAAGUAUAAAGUUCAUGGGAGCAGAGGUCAGGGUGUUUUCACUAUCAUGCCCUUUAGUUGGAGAUGAAUAGAAAUAGACUGUUGGAGGCAUUUAGCACAUAAUAAACUUGUUCAUUUUCCCUAAUUGCAAGCUCUGGAAUCUCUUGGCACUUUGCCUGAUGACAGGGUUUUCCCAGCUCAUUUUUCUAAGGUUAACUGCUUACUGCUGGGUAGAAGUAGGGAGUACAUGCUUCUCAGUUGGGAAAAUUACUGUUACUCUGAACCAUGUAAAGGAAACACAUACCGUAAUAUCAUGUAAAUGCUUGUAAUCAUGUUGGUCAUGCAGUCACUGCAGGCAAAGGUAGGAGCUAUUGUGUAUUCCUGAAUCAGGCUAUCAAGCCUUAAAUUCAUAUUGUGUAAAUAACAUUGACUAAAACCCCUUUCUACACCAAUCUUGACUGUUAAACUACUAGAUGUUAGUAAUACUUCAAAAUUGUUGGACAAAAAGUGCUACAUAACUGCAAAGUGUGUUAUGAACAAGUAGAUCACAACCACACAAGCUAAGCAAGUGGAGAAAUGGGCACAGAGUAGCUGUGGUUUCAACAGUUCAUACACCUAGUUAAUAAGUAGCAAAGAGAGGAAUUGAACCAGUAUCCUGCUCUAAUCACAGAUUAUCUCCCCCUAAACAAGUGUGUUAGCUACAUAAGUACAUAACCUGUAAUUGAUUUAUGCUGUUGGCUUCUAAAAUAGGGUCUCGAUCUUUCAGUGGUUUUCAGAUUAUAGUCACCUUUCUUUCACCCACUGCCACUAGUAAUUACUGAACCCUAACAAUUAUACUAGUAAAUCAGUAUUGCCAAGUCCAGCCUUUCCAAAAUCAUGAGUCAAGCAUGUGCGCACCCACAAAACAGUCCUGCCAAUAGCUCAAAAGUAACAAGAUUUGUUUAAAAUAGUAAAUUUUAGGCUCUUUAUUUGUCUUCUGAUUUCUGAGCAUUUAGCUACACAAACUUCAUUUGCAAGCUUUUAUUCACACCCAAAAGGGCUAAACGCUUACUAUAAAAUCUCUUCACUCCAGCAGCUGGAAACCCCUAAUGUACCAGGCUGGAUAAUGCUUUCUUUUUCAGUAUUUGCAAGGCCACCCACUCCAUUUCCUCCUGGGGUUAAUUCAAUGGAGCCCCACCUGGUGACCUGAGCAAUACUGCGGAGAGGCGAUGUUAGUGCGAGCAGGCAGCUGACCCAAUCCCACCCAGACGCGUAGGAGAGCCGGGGAAGUGACUCACCCCGCAGCCUUCGCCUAGGGCUGCCCCCUCUCCACCCACCAUCCCCAAAUUCUUUUCUUCUUCCUGCCUCCCUAUUGCCCGCUCCACGCACCCUCUUCCUCUUCCCACCAUUGCCCCUGCGAAUCCCCGAGCCCCGCUUCCCUGCCCCGGGGCAGCGAAACUACAUCUCCCGUAGGCCUCUGCGGCCGGGGCGGAGAGCACGUGUCUCCUCGCCCUGCCGGCCGGGCCCUGCCGCCUAAGUUCCCCCGCGCGUCGGGGGCUCGGGGCUGAGCAGCCUGCCCGAGGGAGCCCGCUGCAGCCAUGCCGAUGAAGGGCCGGUUCCCCAUCCGCAGGACCCUGCAGUACCUGGCCCAGGGGGAGAUCGUCUUCAAGGGCGCGGUGAAGGUGAUGACCGUGAACUACAACACCCGGGGGGAGCUGAGCGAGGGGGCCAGGAAAUUUGUGUUUUUCAACAUCCCUCAGAUUCAGUACAAAAACCCCUGGGUCCAGAUCAUGAUGUUUAAGAACAUGACCCCUUCGCCGUUUCUAAGGUUCUAUUUAGAUAGUGGUGAGCAAGUCUUGGUUGAUGUGGAAGAUAAAAGCAACAAAGAGAUAGUGGAGCACAUUAAAAAAAUCUUGGGUAAAAGCAAGGAAACACUACAGAAAGAGGAGCAAGAGAAAAAGAAGCUGUCUCAUCCUGCAACCUUUGGACCUAAAAAAUAUCACCUGCGUGAAUGUAUGUGUGAAAUUGAAGGCCAGAUUCCUUGCCCUGGUUUAGUACCGCUGCCUAAAGAGAUGACAGGCAAAUAUAAAGCUGCCAUGAAAGAAAGUCACAGCCUGAUUUAACAGAUUGGGCAAAUCUGCUGAUGUUCAAGGUGCAGAUAGGAUACAAGGUGCUUCAGUAACUGAGGCAGACUUCACAGCCAAAAAACUGGUCCAUGUUAUUAGAUGAAAGCCCUUGAUUCACAAGAGGUCUCUUCAUAGAUAUGAUUUGACCCAUUAAUGUUGGUUACUCAGCCAAGGGGAAGAAAAUAUUUUUAAAUAAAUUUUUAAAACUU